GAAAAUUAAGAUAAAGAAAAUAAGUUAAAUAUAACUUUUAUACAUAUAUAAAAGAGAAGAAAUAUCAAAAAAUUCAUUAUUCUUUGGUGAUGAAGAACUAAUAUGUCUAUUGAUUGUGAUUUGUGUUUUUUCUCAACUUUAGUAAACAGAUGAGUUGUACAUUAUCAAACUUUUGACUUGAAAAUGUCAAAAACAAAAAAAAAAUCUUCAUCUUGUACUCUGUUAGAUUGACCAAUUCUUUUCCUACUACUACUAAAACCAUAGUCCAAAUGCAACAUUAAAUCACUUAUAAUAAUUUGAUAAAUACCUGCAUGCACAUUAAGCUAUACAUCAAAGAUCAGUCACUAUGAUCCAUAUAAGAUUUAUUUUGCUCCUAUGUAUCCUACUUCAUAAUUUUCAUGUCAUCAUUUGCAACAAUAACACAGACAAAGAUAUACUUCUAUCUUUCAAACUACAAGUAACUGAUCCAAACAAUGCUCUAUCAAGUUGGAAACAAGAUUCUAAUCACUGUACCUGGUAUGGUGUAAACUGUUCCAAAGUUGAUGAAAGAGUUCAAUCUCUAAACUUAUCAGGACUUAGUCUUUCUGGUAAACUACCUUCUAAUAUCUCCAACCUCACUUAUCUUCAUACACUUGACCUUUCCAAUAACAGUUUUAAUGGCCAAAUUCCCUUCCAAUUUUCUCAUCUUUCACUCCUUAGUGUCAUUCAAUUACCUGACAACAAUCUCUCUGGUACACUUCCACCUCAAUUGGGUCAACUUCAUAAUCUACAAAUUUUGGACUUUUCUCUCAAUAAUCUAACAGGUAAAAUUCCAUCAACUUUUGGUAAUCUUUUUUCUCUUAAGAAUCUUUCAUUGGCAAGAAACAUGUUUUUUGGUGAGAUUCCAAGUGAAUUAGGCAAUCUCCAAAAUCUUUCAAGACUACAACUCUCACAGAACAAUUUCACCGGCGAGAUUCCUAGUUCUUUCUUCUUCAAUCUCUCUUCCUUGGACUUCUUAUCCUUAACAAUGAACAACUUAUCAGGCAUUUUACCACAAAAAUUCGGUGACUACUUUCCGAAUUUAAGUGUACUUACUUUGGCAACUAACAGAUUUGAAGGGGUGAUUCCUAAUUCCAUAUCCAAUUCAUCACAUCUUCAGACUAUUGAUCUUUCUAACAAUAGAUUUCAUGGGCCAAUACCUCUUUUCACCAACUUGAAAAAUCUCACUUAUUUGGCUGUUAGUAAUAAUUUACUCACUUCCACCACAUCAUUGAAUUUUCAAUUCUUUGAUUCUCUUAGAAACUCUACUCAGUUGGAAAUUCUUAUGAUCAAUGGUAACAACUUGGCUGGUGAACUUCCAAAUUCUGUUGCUUAUCUUUCAAGCAAUCUACAACAGUUCUGUGUUGCUAAUAAUAAGCUAAAUGGAACUAUUCCUAAGGGAAUGAAAAAAUUUCAAAAUCUCACAUCCUUAUCUUUUGAACAUAAUUAUUUCACCGGCGAGUUACCAUUAGAAUUAGGAACACUCAAAAAAUUGGUGCAGCUAUUGAUAUACCAAAAUAGAUUGUCUGGUGAAAUUCCAGACAUAUUUGGCAAUUUUACAAAUCUGUUUAUUCUUGCUUUAGGAAACAACCAGUUCUCAGGUAGAAUUCCCACAAGUAUCGGACAAUGUGAGGAAUUGAAUAUACUUGACUUAGAAAUGAAUAAGCUUGUUGGUGUCAUACCAAUCGAGAUUUUUCAACUCUCUGGCUUGACAACUUUGUACUUACAUGGAAAUUCUUUGAACGGUUCGCUUCCUCCUGUAUGCAACAUGGAGCAGCUAGUGACAAUGUUUGUUUCGAACAACCAGCUGUCGGGGAACAUUCCUGAAAUCAAAGCAAACGGCUUGAAGAUGCUUUUGAUGGAAAGAAACAAAUUUAGUGGCUCAAUUCCAAAUAGUCUAGGGGAUUUAGCAUCCCUUGAGACAUUGGAUUUAUCAUCAAACAAUCUCGCUGGUUCAAUUCCUGAGAGUUUAGAAAAUCUCAAAUAUAUGGUCAGCUUAAAUUUGUCUUUCAACAAAUUGGAAGGAAAGGUUCCUAUGAAAGGUGUUUUUAUGAACCUAAGCCAGGUUGAUCUCCAAGGUAACAACAAACUAUGUGGCGUUAACAAUCAAGUUAUGCACAAGUUAGGAGUCACUUUGUGUGUUGCAGGUAAGAAAAAGAACAGAAACAUUUUACUUCCUAUCAUACUCGGCAUUAUAGGCGUGACUGUUUUGUUCGUGUCAAUGAUCUAUCUACUGUGGCGGCUAAUGUCCUUAAAGAAGAAACACAAGGAGGAGAUAAGAACUUUGUCAUCAACUCCUCUAAAGGGGCUGCAUCAAAAUAUAUCCUAUGGUGAUAUUAGGCUUGCUACAAACAAUUUUUCAGCUGCAAACAUGGUUGGAAAAGGGGGCUUUGGAUCUGUUUACAAGGGUGUGUUCAACAUCAGCACUUGUGAGAGUCAAACUACCACACUUGCUGUUAAAAUUCUGGACCUGCAACAAAGCAAAGCCUCUCAGAGUUUUAAUGCAGAAUGUGAAACUUUGAAAAAUGUUCGUCAUCGGAAUCUGGUCAAGGUGAUCACUUCUUGCUCCAGCACUGAUUACAAGGGGGAUGAUUUUAAGGCCCUUGUUAUGCAAUUCAUGCCUAAUGGUAAUUUAGAGAUGAUUUUAUACCCGGAAGAUCUUGAGUCGGGUUCUUCACUAACCUUGUUGCAAAGAUUAAACAUUGCCAUUGAUGUUGCAUCUGCCAUGGACUACUUGCACAAUGACUGUGAUCCACCAAUAGUCCAUUGUGAUCUGAAACCUGCCAAUGUCCUAAUAGAUGAAGAUAUGGUUGCGCAUGUGGCAGAUUUUGGAUUGGCGAGGUUUCUCUCUCAAAAUCCAUCAGAGAAACAUAGUAGCACUCUAGAAUUGAAGGGAUCGAUCGGCUAUAUCGCCCCAGAAUAUGGUCUAGGUGGAAAGGCUUCAACUAGUGGCGAUGUGUACAGUUUCGGAAUCCUAUUUCUAGAGAUGUUCAUAGCGAAAAAACCAACGGAUGAAAUGUUCAAAGAAGGAUUAAGCAUGAACAAAUUUGUAUUAGACAUGGAUGACAAGCAAUUACUUAAGGUUGUUGAUCAAAGACUUAUCAACCAAUUUGAGUAUUCAACACAAAAUUUCAGCAGUGAUUGUAAUAGUAGUAGGUCUAUCGACAACAGUUACAGUGACGGCAUCCCAGUUUGGAUGCACAAAGCUGAGGAGUGCAUAGCUGCUUCAAUGAGAGUUGGCUUGUCAUGUAUAUCUUAUCAUCCUAAAGAUCGGUGGACAAUGAGAGAAGCCUUAUCAAAAUUGCAUGGAAUUAAGCAGUCUAUACUAGGCUUGUGAUGUUGGUUUCAUUCCUGCGUAUAGCGUAUAAUCUGUCAAUAUUUGUCAUAAAUCUCAUGUGCUUCCAUAACAAAAUUUAUAUAUGAAUAGGAAUCUCAAAAUAGUUAUGAAA